AUGCAAUCAAGUAACGGGUUGGUACAAAAUGGGGCACCGUCUUGUAGUAACGGGGCUGCUGAAAACGGUCACGCCGAUGGUGAAAAUGGAUUUUUCCUCAACCAGACGAACCAAGAAAUCGUGAGACUGAUUGGGCAAUAUCUUAAAAAUGAAGGAUUGACUAAAACAUCUGAUUCACUUAUGGACGAGUCAGGCUGUCGCCUUGAUCAUCCAGCAGCUGCAAAAUUCCGUCAGCAUGUCAUGGAUGGAGACUGGUCAAAGGCUGAUCAUGACCUUCAAGAAUUGCGUCCCCUUUUGGGACAAGAUGCCAAUAUUAUGGAAAUGAAGUUUUUGAUACUUGAGCAGAAGUAUCUAGAAUUUUUAGAAGACGGGCGAGUUUUGGAUGCAUUGCAUGUAUUAAGAAACGAAUUAACACCACUGCAGCACAAUACUGCAAGGGUUCAUCAGCUAUCCAGCUUUAUGAUGUGUUCCAGUACCGAGGAAUUGCUUGAACGCACAAAUUGGGAAGGCAAAGGGAUGCAAUCUCGCAUGGUACUGAUGAACAAAUUACAGUCGUACUUACCGCCUUCGAUAAUGUUACCGCCGAAUAGACUUCACGAGCUGUUAAAUCAAGCACUCGAACUUCAGGCUAUACGUUGUAGCCACCACAACACCUCUCAGGGAGUUUCUUUACCAGAAGCAUCAUUAUUAGUUGAUCACCGUUGCCCUAAAUCGUCUUUCCCUAUUUAUACAAUACAGGUACUAAAUGAUCAUUGUGAUGAAGUAUGGUUCUGUAGUUUUUCUCCUGAUGGGACCAAAUUAGCCACAGGUUCCAAAGAUCAAAAUGUUAUCAUCUGGGACGUGGAUCCUGAUGCAUGUACUUUAUCGUUAAAGAAAGUACUGGAAGGGCACAAUACUGGUGCUGCGUACAUAUCGUGGAAUCCGGAUUCUACUCAUCUUAUUGCCUGUGGUCCCGAUGAUAGUCCAGAAGUGUGGCUAUGGAAUAUAGAAACGGAAAACUUCCUUAAGGUCACACAAUCGCAAGAAGAUGCUCUCGUGUGCUGUGCCUGGAAUAAAGAUGGAACCAAAUUUGUCGUUGGAGGCGUACGAGGACAUUUUUAUCAAUGUGAUUUGAAAGGAAACGUUUUGGACUCUUGGGAAGGCGUCAGAGUAAAUGGCUUGUGGUGUCGUCAGGAUGGUAAAACUGUAUUAGCAUCAGAUACUCAUCAUAGAAUAAGAGGCUACAUUUUCGAAGAAAUGACUGAUCAGCAAAUCAUUCAAGAAGAUCAUCCAAUAAUGUCUUUCACGGUCGAUAAGAAAGACAGAUUGGCACUCUUGAACGUCGCCACUCAGGGUGUUCAUCUAUGGGAUUUAAACGAUAGAUGUCUGGUAAGAAGAUAUCAGGGAGUAACUCAGGGACAUUUUACAAUACACUCUACCUUCGGUGGAGUUAAUCAAGAUUUUAUAGCGAGUGGCAGCGAGGAUAAUCAGGUGUACAUAUGGCAUAUACGUAACGAACAACCGAUAGCUACCCUCCAAGGCCACACUCGAACCGUGAAUUGCGUAUCAUGGAACCCCGUCUACCACCAUAUGUUAGUAUCGGUAUCGGACGACUGCACGAUCAGAGUUUGGGGACCAAAAGACAAAACGCCUAAACCAACAGGUAGUAGCUGA